GCUAUAUGAGCCCCGGCAGGCGCUGACUCGGCCCUUUCCGCCCCGCUCCCGCCCCGCGCCCGGGUCGCUGCGCUAAGACCCCGCGCCCCCGCCGCCCCCCGCCGCCGCCAUGAUCAUCUACCGGGACUGCAUCAGCCAGGAUGAGAUGUUCUCGGACAUCUACAAGAUCCGGGAGGUGGCGGACGGCCUGUGCCUGGAAGUGGAGGGGAAGAUGGUCACCAGGACAGAGGGUCAAAUUGAUGACUCUCUAAUUGGUGGCAAUGCCUCUGCUGAAGGUCCUGAGGGAGAUGGAACAGAAGCCACGGUCAUAACUGGUGUUGACAUAGUAAUUAACCACCACCUUCAGGAGACCAGCUUCACAAAAGAAUCCUACAAGAAGUACAUCAAGGAUUACAUGAAAGCAAUCAAAGCCAGACUUGAGGAACACAAGCCAGAGAGAGUAAAGCCUUUCAUGACUGGGGCUGCAGAACAAAUCAAACACAUCCUUGCCAACUUCAAAAACUACCAGUUCUUUGUAGGGGAGAACAUGAAUCCAGAUGGAAUGGUGGCUCUCCUGGAUUUCCGUGAGGAUGGUGUGACCCCAUAUAUGAUUUUCUUUAAGGACGGCUUAGAAAUCGAGAAAUGUUAACAAAUCAAACAGUAUGGUUUUGGAUCACUUGUCUUCAUAGCUGGCUGCUGUUUCUUCUUCAUCGGCACAACACCAGGAAUCAGCAAUGUCUAACUGGACUGAUGUCAUCUUGAGCUUUAUUCACUUAUUUUGACCCUGAUUUGGAGUGGAGGCAUUGUUUAAAAAAACAAAAAAAACAUCUAUCAUGUAGGUUGUCUAAAAUAAAACUCAUUUAAACCCA